AUGCCUCUCGUCGUUGGGCAUGAAACAAGUAAGGAAAUAUGGGAUGCUCUUCAUGCAGCAUUCAGUUCUGCUUCUACCACCCGCAUCCUCUCCCUCAAUGUGGCCCUCCAGAACCUUGUACAAAAACCCGAGGAGAAUGUCACUCAAUUUCUCCAUCGGGCCAAGGCCCUCUCUGACGAGCUCAAUGUUGCAGAAAAACCCCUCCCCAUGGAGGAUUUGAACAUCCACAUAUUCCAUGCUCUUCGUCCUAAGUUUGAAUCUGUGGUCUUUACAGUGAUGGAUCGCAGAGAACCAAUCUCCUACACUGAACUUCAUGGGCUGCUCCCCAACAGUGAGUAUCUUAUUACUUCUCGCCAAGUCAUGCCAGAUCCGACUGCUAAUGCGACUGCCAACAUUGCAUCUCAACAGUCUCGUGGCCCUCCCUCUCACCCUUACAGCUGUGGCUCUUCCACUAGUCGUGGUCGUGGUAGGGGAGGCCGUGGUGCUCCAAAUGGCCCUAGUGGAUUUGGGCGUUCUAAUGCUUAUGCUCACAGUCCUUAUACAAUCUGUGGUCGGACCAAUCACCCAGCCCCAACGUGCUAUUAUCGCAAAAAAUAA